AGUGAGAAUAAGCGGGUGUGUAUCGUAUUCAAAUUUCAAAUCCUGAAACAAAAACACAAAACCGCCCUCAAGUUCUAGAAAAAUCAUCCCAUUUAUUCCUUUCCAUUUCCUCCUUUCUCUGUUUCCCAUCCGAUCCACUCCACUCCCUCAUUCAUUUUCUCUCUCUACAUUUCUCUUGUUUGAUUUUAGAACAAAAUGGGUCAGAUUCAGUACUCUGAAAAGUAUUUCGACGAUAUCUACGAGUACAGGCAUGUCGUUCUUCCAGCUGAAGUUGCUAAACUUCUUCCCAAAAAUCGCCUUCUUUCUGAGAAUGAAUGGCGGGCAAUUGGAGUUCAACAGAGCCGUGGUUGGGUGCAUUACGCCAUCCACCGCCCAGAGCCACACAUUAUGCUGUUCAGGAGGCCACUUAACUUCCAGCAGCAACAGCAAGAGAAUCAAGCUCAAGGCAUCAUGGCCAAGUGAAAAGAAGUUUCUACUAGUGCUACAGGUCGUUUCUAAAACUCUAGAAAUGAAGCCUAGUGCACUUCUGUUGGUAUAACAUCUCCUAAUUUUAAGUAAUUUAGGUAUUGUGACUUGUGAGAUUAUUGGUAGCAUCUGGUAUUUUGUACUAUGGACUAUGUUCUAUGAAAUUGGUAGUAAACUGAUGAUAUGUAUGUUUUUCUACUUGUAGUUCUCGUUUGUGAAUGAUGUGUUACUAGUUGGUGUUUACCUCUUUUGA